UGCAGUUCAAUUAUAACAAUAUUAAGAUUACCUAAUAUCAAAACGAAAUAGUUUUAAAUUCUGGUGCUAUGAUUCUUUAAAGUUUGGAAAAUAAUAUCUAAGGAUGUUCUGUUUGUUUUGGGAUGGUUGUGUUCCAGUUCAAAAGUGUCCGGACAUGCUUUAGAUGGAAUAUGGAUACAAAGUUUGAUUAUAGGAGAUAAAUCAAGUUGGAAUACUCCAGAUAUAUAUAACUAUUACACUAGCGUGUCAACCUACCAGAUAUACCCUGCCCAAACUCAAUCAAUGAAGUUCUCAGUAAAAACGUGUCAUCAUGCGAAUCUCAUCUUAUCUGCUGCAGUAGAUCUUCAGUCUUCUGACUUAUAUGAAAUAAGUAUUGGGGACGCAGGAAACAACCGAACCAAGCUACACAAAAAGGACACAAGUAUUAGUAUAUUUAUUCAUACUCCAGGAAUAGUAAGUUGCACAGAACAAAUAACUUUCGUAAUCAGUUGGAAAUUGAAUGGUAACAUAUUGCUGAUAAAAGAAACACAAAAUGGAACAGAAAUCAUAUUUGAUUGGACAGACCCGUCACCAUUUGUUAUAAAAGGGGUUGGAAUCGCAACUGCAUGGGGAUCAGAUGGAUUGUGGGUAAUUGAACACACAGCUGUGUUUACUGGGCAUUACUGUUUUGUACCUGGAACAUACGGUUUUAUGACGUUACUAUCCACAACAAUAGAACGAAGUGACAUUGGUUGCCUUUCUCAAUGUUCACCAAAUGAUAACUGUUUAGGAGUUAACUUCAAUUCAGACACUUAUGAAUGCCAGAUCAUUUCUGCUGCACAGCCAAUUAUAAAGGGUAUUCUAGAGGAUUGGGUAUUGUAUACAAAAUGUUUACAAGGGGACAUGAUGUGUUUGGUUUGUCUUGAAUAGUUCAAAAUACUAGCAGUGAACGUUUACAUUGUUUUAAUAUUGUAUAAUAAAUGAAAAAAAUAAUUCUAUGCAUCCAAAGCAUAAUUUGUAAUAUUCUGAUAUUUAAUU